CCUCCAUCCAUCGUUCUUGUACUUGCAUAAUGCCGUGACUGUCAUUCGAUUCGUCCGUCCGUCCGUCGGUGCGUCAUAGCCAUGAGGCUCUCCAUCAAUCCAAUCCGCCCAACACGCAGUCACCCAACCAGCCCACCACCCCCCCACCCACCCACCCACCACCCCAGAACCGCCCACACGCGCAUCCACGGUGGCCUGACGCGCGCGUGACGCCCCUUGCGGCCUGUCUGUCUGCCUGCCGGCCUGCCUACACUGCUGAAAAAGUCACACGCACACGAACGAACGCAGUUUUGAUUGCCCCGUCCGUCCAUUCCAUGGGGGCGGGGCCUCUGAAAAUCAUCAUCUCAUCGGUAUGGGCAGGCGGGUGAGGAUGUUGUCGACGACCUUCUCGAUGCGGCCCACGGAGCUAGACUCGGGCGCCAUCUGACAUGACACACCCAUCCAACACACAAGCGCAAGGAUGAGGAUGGAUACAGACUUACUUGCCAGGGUGGUUGUCGGUGGCGUGUUUGUGUGGGUCAGCUGACUGUCUGUCUGUCAGUCUGCGUGUCAGCGGGUGUGUGUGUAUGUUUGUAUUGGUCUCACCUUUCUGAGUGACUUGCCGAGCUCGCCGGCGAGCAUGACCUGCUGGUCCAGCGGGAUGGAGCCGGCAUACGGCACCGACAUCUUCUCACACAUGAUCUGUGUGAUUGACGACAGACAGACACACCGACACCCAUGGCGUGUGUGCAAGUGUGUGUGUUGUAGGUGUGUCUUGAGUGACCUUUGGUCCGCCGAGUGGUGAUUGGAAUAUCGAGUCGGCCAUGUUCUCGACCACCCCCAGGAUGGGCACACCAACCUUCUUGCUGCACACAGCACACAUCACAACACGACACACAACCAGACACACAUGACUAACAUACGUGCGGAGCGGUGCGCCACACACACACGUGUGUGUGUCCACUGCACUGCACAGGUGGGCAUCGAUCGCAUAUGGCCAUGAGUACCAGAAGUUGAUCUCCUUCCUCACGUCGGCCAUGGCCACCUCCUGGGGCGUCGUGACGAUCACAGCACCGUCAACCUGACACACGACACACAUGCACCGCACCCGCCAUCAUGGUGGUUCGUGCGUCAGGGAGGGAGGGAGGCAGGGAGGGAGACUGCCCACGUGUUGGAUUACCUGUGCCUCCUUGAGGUAGGUGACGAUGGACAGGUGCUCGUCGGAGGUGCCCGGUGGCGUGUCGACGAUGAGGAAGUCCAGGUCGCCCCAGGCCACGUCCGUCAGGAACUGCUUGAUCAGCCCGUUCUUGCGUGGACCUCGCCAUAUCACUGCGUCGUCCUGGUUGGGCAGUAAGAACCCUGCACACCACACGGUGUCACACAUGGACCGAGAGAGAAACGUGAUGAUUGCAAUCCAAUCUGUCAGCUUGGGUGUGUGGGUGUGUUACCGAUAGACAUGACGGCGAGGUUCUCAUCGACAUAGACCGGCGACCAGCCAGCUGCGGACGAGUGCACCUCUUGCCCACUCAAACCUGCACACACCCAUCAGCCACAUCAGGCGGGCACACAUCACAUAUCACAUGGUCGGGUCGGUGAGUGUCAUGUCCAUGCAUGGACCCACCCAGCAGCCGUGGUAUUGACGGCCCGCAGAUGUCGAUGUCGAGGAGGCCCACCUCGUGAGACCGACCCGCCAGAGCAUAUGCUGCACACCACACCACACCACGCACGGCACACAGAUGAUUCAUUCAUUCACGAGCUGAGCUGAACAGGACUGCUCUGUUGCUCCGAGUGAGGGUACAUGUGUACCUAGCUGUGCCGACACAGUCGACUUGCCUACACCCCCCUUGCCCGACAGUACCAAGAUCUGUCGUGAGUGAAUGACGGAUACACAAGAAUGAUUGUCGCGUGCGUGCUGUAGGCCCGUCCGUUUGUCCGUUUGUGUGUCCGCACCUCACCCACCUUGUGUUUGACGCUUUUAAGUUUGUCAUGCACCUCGCUGAUGGCUGGGUCGGGCUUGCGAGCCUGAUACACACACGUGCACAUACACCCAUGCAUAUGGAAGGAAGCAGCAGUGACGAUCCGAUCACUCCCCGUUCAUCGGGUAACUCGUUCGUUCGUUCGUUCGUUCUUGCCGUCUGUCUGUCUGUCUGUCUAUUACCUACCUCUCCCGAUGCGCAGACAGCCUGGUUCGGACACCCCGCACACGCAGCCGACUUGCCUGAAUGGAGCGGACCAACCAACCAACCGCCACACCAAGUCAGUCAGCCGGUUGGUUCUCUCCCUCUCUGGGACUUACGUACCGGCACUGUCACUGGCUGUGCCAGGACAGUUCUCGUUGGCGUUGUCGGGGACGUCGCCCUCCUGCCCGUUGGCGGCGUGGCCGCCGCUCUCAUGGGUCGUGUCGGAACUCACCUCGGGCGGCUGCGUGUCCCCUGCCGCCGGAAUGGGGGAUGCAGCCGCCAUCUCCUCCCCUUCGGCCGACGCUGAGGGAGGGACCGAUCAAGCAACACACCCAUGACACGACACGUGUAUGUGCGUCGUUCCUGCCUGUGAGUUUGGUACCUACCUUUGUCUGUUGGCUCUUUGUCUGUCAGCUCUCCUGUGUCACUCAAGAGGACGCUCUCGCCCUCCUGCUGCUGCAGCUGUUGCUUCUGGGUGUGUUCCUCCCGCUGCGGCCUGGUCGGCAGCAGAUGCCUCGUCGCAAUGUACGUCGAUGCAGCGCCCACCGCCGCACCGCACACGAAUGCGGCCACGGCCGUCUUGGUGGCCUCCAUCAGUCAGUCACAACGCGGCUCGCUCAAGCAAGAGCAGAUGAACAAGGUGAACUCAGUCCUUCCACCUGGAAAAGCUUUCCUGCUAGUCACGCGCCCUUCUCGUCUCUCAUCAUUUCC